GGAGGACGCCGGGCGGAACGGAACCCCUGACGACGCUCCCCAUGGCCGAAUCUGCCGGGCUGUCCCGGGCCGGCCGCAAGGCCCGGGCCCACCGCGCCUCUCGAAAGGCCGCAGGUACUAAACAGACAAGUACCUUGAAACAGGAAGAUGCUUCUAAAAGGAAAGCAGAACUAGAAGAGACUGUGAGAAAGAAGAUUGAGUUUGAGAGAAAAGCUCUGCAUAUUGUUGAACAGCUUUUAGAAGAGAAUAUUACAGAAGAAUUCUUAAAGGAGUGUGGGAAGUGUAUCACACCUGCUCACUACAGCGAUGUCGUGGAUGAACGUUCUAUUAUCAAGCUCUGUGGUUAUCCCUUAUGUCACAAGAAGCUAGGAAUUGUACCAAAACAGAAAUAUAAAAUUUCUACCAAAACCAAUAAAGUCUAUGAUAUUACUGAAAGAAAGUGUUUUUGCAGCAAUUUUUGUUAUAAAGCAUCUAAGUUUUUUGAAGCACAAAUUCCUAAAACUCCAGUAUGGGUUCGAGAAGAAGAAAGGCACCCUGAUUUUCAGCUGCUACAGGAAGGACAAAGUGGCCAUUCUGGAGAAGAAGUACAGUUAUGCAGUAAGACCAUUAAAACAUCAGAUGUUGACAGUCCUGGCCAUAUUGAGAAGCAAUAUGAAUCUAAUUCUUCUAGCAUUCAUAGUGAUAGUAGCAGUGAUAAUGAGCAAGACUUUGUUUCCUCCAUUCUACCAGGAAACAGACCAAAUGCAACGGGUAUAAGGCAACAGCUGCACAUAAAAAGCAUCAUGAAAAAGAAAGCUUGUGAAAAAUCUAACUUCAAGCAUAAAGACAAAGAACAGGCAGUAAUAAGUAUUACUGAGCAGUUAGGCAAUUGCAGAUUAGAUAGUCAGGAGAAAGCUGCUACUUGUGAACUUCCUUUACAGAAGGUAAAUACUCAGGUUUCUUUAAAUAGUCCUUCGAGAGAAAACUUAGAUGCUUCAGAAAUUCCUGAAAAUAAAUACAAUAGUUCAGAAAUAACUUUAGUAGGCAUAAGUAAGAAAAGUGCUGAACAUUUUAAGAGGAAAUUUGUCAAAUCAAACCAAGUUUCUAGGUCAGCUUCUAGUUCAGUGCAGGUGUGUCCUGAAGUUGCAAAGGCAAACUUACUUAAAGUUCUGAAGGAGACUUUGAUUGAGUGGAAGACAGAAGAAACUUUGAGGUUUUUGUAUGGCCAGAAUUAUGCUUCUGUGUGUCUAAAACCCUCUUCAGUCCCUCUGGUUAAAGAAGAAGAGCUUGAUGAAGAUGACAUAAACUCUGACCCAGAUAGUCAUUCCCCCACCUUGCGGGAAUCUCAGGACAGCUUGGAUGAGUCUUUGCCUUUCAGGGCCUCAGAUACAGCCAUUAAACCACUGCCAAGUUAUGAGAGCUUGAAAAAGGAAACUGAAACAUUAAACCUAAGGAUCAGAGAGUUUUAUAGAGGACAGUAUGUUUUAAAUGAAGAAACCACCAAAUCACAAGACUCAGAAGAGCAUGAUCCCACCUUUCCACUGAUAGAUUCAAGUUCUCAGAACCAGAUUAGAAAACGCAUCGUACUCGAAAAAUUGAGUAAAGUAUUGCCUGGACUUUUGGGGCCUCUUCAGAUUACACUAGGAGAUAUUUACACACAACUUAAAAAUCUUGUUCGAACUUUCAGAUUAACAAAUAGAAAUAUUAUACACAAACCUGCAGAAUGGACCUUAAUUGCUAUGGUAUUGCUGUCAUUACUGACGCCGAUUCUUGGCAUUCAGAAGCAUUCUCAGGAAAAUAUGGUGUUUACACAGUUUCUAGCUACCCUGCUUGAAGAAUUACAUUUAAAGAAUGAAGACCUUGAAAAUUUAACCAUCAUAUUUAGAACCAGCUGUUAAACAGAGUGGUGUACUUCAUGAAGAAUGAAUAGAAAAUGAACUGUACACCAUUUCUAGAAUUCUGGCCACAAUAAUGGUCUGGUGAUGACUGACAGCUAGCUUUGUUCCAAGAAAAACCUUUACCUUCUCAGAUUUCAACCCCUUCCCUCCCAGCCCCUAACUAUACAGAGUGACUUCCCAGGUAGAGGGGAACCAUUAUUCCAACAAGGAUAUACAAGUCCUUACAUCCCUGGCUAUAAGACAUAGGAUUUUUAUCUGAAAAUAAAUGAAUAUUUAAGAAAAUA